GAGGGUGGCAGUCUGUCUCUGAGUGCUUCGUUUCAUUGUGUGCCAUUGUUCCCAAUAACAGCGGAUCCUCUGCAAUCAUCCCCAUCUCCACCUUGCUCAUCUGCCUUCCUUCGGGAGGAGCUGGAGAAGCCAGCUGCACAGAGGGGGAAUACCUGGAGGAUAAUGACCUAAAGGCCUUUGUCAUUUUGCAGAAUUUGUUUUACCAAAGACUGUGGAAUAAAGAUAGUUCAGCUCAGGGUGUUACUUUUGGUGUUGGGUAGAAGAUGAGGAAACACCGGAUGUUAGCGCUGUGCGCUCUUCUGGGCGUACUUUUUGCAGGACUUCUGCCCAAACUUGACGCUCAAGAGGAAGAUUGCGCACAAGGACUGGCCGCCGAUAUAUACUUUCUAGUGGAUUCGUCCUGGAUCAUGGGACAUGAGAACUUUCAGUACGUCCGACAGUUUCUGUAAAGUGUUGUUAAAGCUCUGCAUGAGAGUGGGUUUGCCCUCGUCCAGUAGAGUGGUUCGCCCAGAACCGAGUUCCAGCCGAUCAUGUACCCAUCUCCGCUGGGGGCCCUAGCCCACAUCCGGGCCAUAGCCUACUUGGGAGGCGACACCUACAUGGGCCGCACGGGCAGCCGUGCAGGCGAGGGCGUGACCCAUGUGGUGGUGGUCUUGACAGAUGGUCGCUCCCAAGAGCAGGUACUGUGGCUGGCCCGUGUGAAGGUGUUUGCAGUGGGGGUGCAGGACACGGUGGACUGGGAACUCAGGGAGAUGGCUCGUGCGCUGCAGGACACACACGUGUUCAGCGUAGACUCUUUCCUGGCCCUGCGGGGGGUAAUCCAGGAUUUAGUGGUGGUGUGCUUGUGCGGCGCAGUGACCCAGGCCGGGGAUGCCCCUGUGGUUGUCGAAGCCAAAUAAGUGCCUCGAGAUGUGACGGCACAAGAGUCAGCUGACCUUGUACUCUUAAUUGACGGAUCUGAGAAUGUUGGAGCGGCCAACUUCCCCCGUGUGCGCGAUUUGGCUAUGAAAGUCAUUGAGGGCCUUGAUGUGGGCAGGGACACAAUUCGGGUGGCCGUGGCUCUGUACAGCGUGGACCCCGAGGUUCAGUUCUUUCUAAAUACCUAUGAGAACAAAGCCGCUGUCCUGGAUGCAGUGAAGGCCAUUCAGUUCACAGGCAACAAUGAGGCUAACCUUGGAGCCGCCUUGGAGAAAGUCGCUGAGAGCCUGUUGAGUCCGGCAUCAGGGGGCAGGGCAGAGGAGGGGGUGCCCCAAGCUCUGGUGGUUAUCAGUGCUGGACCGUCCAAUGACGAUUUCAGUGCAGGUGACCGGGCUCUUAAGGCAGCAAGCGUUAUCACGUUUGGCGUAGUGGUCGGCGGAACGGCCACCGCCGAGCUGGAGACUAUCGCCACAGACAAGAGCUUUGUUCUGUCGGCCCCCGAUUUCAGGGCAGUGGCAAGCAUGGGUGACCAGCUGCUACCAUACGUUAACGGGGUGGCCCAGGGUACCAUUGUCGUUCUGAAUGAAUUCACAGAAGCCUUGGAAGUGGGAAAAAGGGACAUAAUUUUUCUCAUUGACAGCACUAUGGGUGCCACAACGAUCAACUCUCUUCGAGAGUUUAUCAAAAGGUUUGUUGACACCAUGCCAAUCGGACCGGACCAAGUGCAAGUAGGUGUGGCCCAGUUCAGCAACGCUGCCAGACUUGAGAUAGACCUGAACUCAUAUGGAUCCAAGGAGGACCUGAAUGCGGCUCUGGGAAGACUCAAGCCAAGACCGGGACAAGUGGUGAACAUCGGGGUGGCCCUGGACUUUGUGAGGACCAACAUGCUGAGGGCUGAAAAGGGAAGUCGUAUUCAGCAGGGUGUGCCCCAGCUGGUGCUGUUGAUGACCAGUAAAAAGUCCAGUGACAGUGUGGGGCAGGCUGCUGAGGCACUGCAGCGCAUGGGUGUUCUGACCCUGGCCACUGGCUCUAAGACUGCCGAUGAGCAGGAGCUGAAGCAGAUUGCCAUUGAUGAGAGUUUGGUGUUCAUGCUGAAGGACUUCCGCAUAUUGCUUCGCAACCCAAGGAUGAUUGUCUCUCUCCUCUCCACUCUAUCUGGGGUUGUGGUGACUGAGGAACCCACAGAGCCAGUGGUUGAAAUUACAACAGUGCAGACCCAGCGAGUAGUCAGAGACAUCGUCUUUAUGGUGGAUGGCUCUAGCUACAUUGGAGGUGCCAAUCUUCCAUAUGUUCGGGAUUUCAUUGUCGGCGUGGUAAACCUGCUAGACGUGCGGCCCGACAGGGUGCGCAUUGGGCUUAUGCAGUUUGCAGAGAACCCAAAGAUCGAAUUCUACCUGAACACACACAAAACAAAGCAAGAUGUGCUGGCUAGAGUUGAUCAGCUCAGGCUAAUGGGAGGAUCUGCUUUGAACACUGGAGCGGCUAUGGAUUAUGCCCUUACCAACAUGUUCCAGGCCUCGACUGGGUCACGUAAGAGGCAGGGUGUCCAACAGGUUCUUCUCCUGAUCACUGGAGGCCCAUCCCAGGAUGAGGUUAAAAAGAUUGCAGACAAAGUGGCUGUGGCGGGUGUACUGACCUUCACAGUCAGUGCUGGCCAGGCAGAUGAGGCCUACUUGAAGACGGUCGCUUUCGUCCCAAACUUGGCUUACCAUGAAAGCAGAUUUUCUAGCCUACCAAGUGUUGUUGAACAGAUCAUGACUCCUUUGAUUUCUGUGGUCGGCGACACCGACAUCUCAGUAACAGACAUCGAAAUAACCAAGGAACCUGUUGUUGGAGGUGAGAGGGAUGUUGCAUUCCUGAUUGACGGCUCGGAUAAUGUCCGAGCAGAUUUCCCCUACAUCCGGGACUUUAUCAUCAAAGUCAUUGAGCCUCUUGAUAUUGGACAAGAAAGAGUUCGGAUUUCAGUUGUCCAACAUAGUGAGAGGCCAGCUCCCAACUUCUACCUGAAUACAUAUAAGGAUAAGGCUGAAGUGUUAAGGGCUGUUAAUGAUCUAAGACUGGCCGGUGGAAGCAGUCUAAACACUGGAAUGGCCUUGAAAUUCAUGAAGGACACUAUCCUGUCCCCGGUUCAUGGUAGCCGUGCGGCCCAAAAUGUCCCCCAGUUUUUGAUAGUAUUGACUGGAGGCAAGUCAAAGGAUAGUGUGAAGGAAUCUGCUAGCGCUUUAAAGACCGAUGGAGUGGUACCAUUUGGCGUUGGUGUCAAGGAUGCAGACCCUAAGCAAAUCGAGGCCAUUUCUCACAAUCCAUCCUUUGCUUUCAAUGUGAAGGAAUUCAGCCAGCUCAAUAUGGUACAACAAAGGCUCAAUAGCUAUGUGAGCCUUCCCAAGGAAGAGUUGAAGGUCAUUCUGGACCAAGUUCAUACUGAUGCUGUGAAAAGAGAUAUUGUAUUCCUGCUGGAUGGUUCUGAUGGCACAAGGAGUGGAUUCCCAGCAGUGCGAGAUUUUAUUCAAAGUAUAGUGGGUAAACUAUCUGUGGAGGAGAACAGAGACAGAGUUUCUGUGGUUCAGUACGCUGACAAACCAGAGGCCCAUUUCUAUCUAAACUCUCACAAAACAAAGGAUGCCAUUAUUAAUGCCAUAAGUAAAAUGAGGCACAAGGGUGGAAGGAGCCUAAACACUGGGGCAGCUCUCCAGUUUGUAAGACACCGUGUCUUUACAGCCUCCUCUGGCAGUAGACGACUGGAAGGUGUGCCCCAGAUUCUGAUCCUUUUGACUAGCAAGAAAUCCAGAGAUGAUGUUAAGGGUCCUGCUGUAGCUCUUAAAGAUCUGGAAAUUGUGUCAUUGGGGGUCGGAGUUGGGGACGCCAAUGUCCGUGAAUUGGAAAUGAUUUCCUUCCAACCUGGUUUCACAUACCAGGUCACCGAGUUCUCUGAGCUUCCCACAAUCCAGCCACAGCUUGUUGCUGCGCUUAAAAGCCUGUCGAAAGACACCGAAGAAUCAGUAGCUCCUGGGAUUCCUGAUGUGACACCUGGGAUUCCUGAUUUAGUAGAAUCUGACAAAAAGGAUGUUGUAUUUCUCAUUGACGGAUCUGACGACUCUAGAACUGGCUUUGCUGGGAUUCGCCGCUUUGCAGAGAAAAUAGUGGAGAGUCUUAAUGUGGAGGAAAAUGAUCCAUGA